AAAGCACCUAAAAUUUCUUCCCUUUACAUCCCACAGAGAGACACUGUAAAACCCUAAACCCUAAUUCAUCUCACCAAAACAACCACCAAAAUCGCCAUGGCUGAACUCAAGCUCUCAGAAAGCAGAGACCUAACCCGAAUUGAACGCAUAGGAGCCCACUCCCACAUUCGAGGCCUAGGCCUCGACUCCGCCCUCGAGGCGCGAGAUGUUUCCGAGGGCAUGGUUGGCCAAACCUCCGCUCGUAAAGCGGCCGGCGUCAUCCUCCAAAUGAUCAAAGACGGCAAAAUCGCAGGCCGCGCCGUACUCCUCGCUGGCCAACCGGGUACGGGUAAAACCGCAAUAGCUAUGGGUAUGGCUAAAUCAUUAGGUCUUGAAACGCCCUUUGCUAUGAUCUCCGCUAGCGAGAUAUUCUCGCUUGAGAUGUCGAAAACCGAAGCUUUAAUGCAGUCGUUUAGGAAAGCUAUUGGAGUUAGGAUUAAGGAAGAAACAGAGAUAAUUGAAGGGGAAGUUGUUGAGGUUCAAAUUGAUAGACCGGCUGUGGCGGGCGCGGCUUCGAAGACGGGGAAAUUGACUUUGAAGACUACGGAAAUGGAGACGGUUUAUGAUUUGGGUGCGAAGAUGAUUGAGGCGUUAGGGAAGGAGAAAGUGCAGAGUGGGGAUGUGAUUGCAAUUGAUAAAGCUUCUGGGAAAAUUAGUAAGCUUGGGAGGUCGUUUUUGCGGUCUAGGGAUUAUGAUGCUAUGGGGCCUCAGGUUAAGUUUGUUCAGUGUCCCGAUGGGGAAUUGCAGAAGAGGAAAGAGGUUGUGCAUUGUGUUACUCUUCAUGAAAUUGAUGUCAUUAAUAGCAGAACGCAGGGAUUUCUAGCUCUCUUCACUGGCGAUACUGGUGAGAUCCGCGCAGAAGUAAGGGAACAAAUUGACACAAAAGUGGCAGAAUGGAGAGAGGAAGGAAAAGCCGAGAUUGUGCCUGGUGUACUAUUCAUUGAUGAGGUUCACAUGCUUGACAUUGAAUGCUUCUCUUUCUUGAAUCGUGCUCUUGAGAAUGAGAUGGCUCCUAUAUUAGUUGUUGCAACCAACAGAGGGAUCACAACAAUUCGAGGCACAAAUUACAAAUCUCCACACGGUAUUCCCAUAGAUCUCCUUGAUCGCCUGCUGAUCAUCGCAACUCAACCUUAUACAAAGGAUGAGAUCCGCAAGAUUGUGGACAUUAGAUGCCAAGAAGAAGACGUGGAUAUGUCCGAAGAGGCCAAGUCUUUGUUGACGCAUAUUGGUGUAGAAACAUCUUUAAGAUAUGCCAUCCACCUCAUUACUGCCGCCGCAUUGGCUUGCCAGAGGCGCAAGGGUAAAAUCGUCGAAAGCGAGGACAUUACUCGGGUUUACACUCUUUUUCUGGAUGUAAAACGGUCAACACAAUAUCUGAUGGAGUAUCAGAAUCAGUACAUGUUUAACGAAGCGCCAGUAGGAGACGGUAAUGAAGAUGAUGCUGCUAUGCUUUCUUGAAAGUUAUUUAGAAAUGGAUAUUUUUGUCAUUGUACUUUGUCCCUAAUUUAAUGAAGAUAGGUAGCCGCAAACAGUGAUUGUGUUAUUAUGGUUUUAUGUUUUAUAUCAGCUGUGUGAUUUUGUAUAAUUUUGCAUAUCAGUUGAAUCAACAAGUUGCCAAUUCAUAAUGGA